CACUUUUACCCCGCUCAAAUUCACCCCUCCGGCCUCACCCUGUUCCUCUACUAUCUGUCUCUUUUCCCAGCUGUCUUCGCCGGUUAUUUUUAGGUUAAAUUCUAAAAUAAAUUCAAGAAACGAGCAGUGAUACCUACUUUGUUAUGUAGGUUAUUUUAAUAUUUCGACGUGCGCCAAUACAAGUCUAUAUAUUCAUGAAAAUUGCGCAUUUGGACGAAUUAACAUUCCGUGCCUUGUUUGCAAGUUCAUCGUACUCCCAUUGUUUACACAGGGUUAUGAAACAAUAAAGGAAGUAUCUUCUGCCGCCUGAAGAGCGUCAGAACAUAGUAAAUCAUGUCAGGUGACGUACAACCAAGAAAACGUAAGGAUAAAAAGAAAAAGAAAGAUGAAUUAGGUGUAGAGGAACCUCGUGGUACGGCAGCGGCGCUAGGCGAGGGUGACGUGUUUAUACACUCACAGCAAGACCAUGGCACAGGCGGACAUUGGUGUGCAAAGAUCAUAUUCUUCUCUCUCUUGGCUGUACUGAUCACUCUUAUUGGAUUGAUUAUACUGGAAAACAGAGGACUAACUGAAUUAGAAGCAAAUGCAGUGGAGUCACGAUAUUCUGGCGUUCUGGAAGGCUGGCUAGAAGACGCACCUGACGAAGACCAUCAUGAUGAGCAUACAUUAGAUUUAAAACAUCAUGAUGAUGAGGAAGGCGAAGACCAACAUGAUAUUGAAGAAUCAGACCAUGAAGAUGAAGAAGACCAUGAAGAGGAAGACGACCAUGACGAUGAAGAAGAUCAUGACGACGAAGAAGACCAUGAAGACGAAGAAUCUCAUGAAGAAGAAACUGAGGCUGAUGAAGAUGAAAUAGACCAGGAUGAAUCUCAAGAAGAAAACAUUGAAGCAGAUGAGGAUGAAGAAGAAAAUGUUGCUAGCAAUGAAAUAGAUAGUAAUGAGGAACAAGAUGAUAACCAGAGUGAAGAGAAUUUACAAGAUGACGAUAAUGAGGAGGUUGAAGAAAAAGUAAGGUAUAAACGGUACCAAUACAAUGAAGAUCAUGAUGACGAUAAUGAUGAUGACGAAGAAGACGAAAAUGAUAAUGACAAAGAUGACGAAAAUGAUGAUGACGAUAAUAAUAAUGAAUACGAUGACCAGAGUGAUGAUGACAAUGACCAGAAUGAUGAUGAUGAUGAUGAUGACCAGAAUGAUGAAGAUGAUUACGAAAAGGACGCCAAUGAAGAGCAAGAUGAUGACCUUGAUGAACAAAAUUAUAACGACGUUGACCAGAACGAUGAUCAGAGUAUUGAAGAUGACCAAUAUGGUAAAGAUGGUGAUAAUAGUAACGAACUAAAUCAAGACGGAGAUUUUGGUAAUGAAAUAAUAUACGAGAAUGAUAACGGUGAUGAUAAUGAUGAUAAUGAAAGCAAUGAGCAGAAGGAUAAUGAACAGGAAAAUGAGGAUGAAGAAGAACAAGAAGAUGACUCACAAGAAGACGACGAUGAAGAAAUAGAGAAGAUAGAAAAAGAGAUCAACGAAGACGAAGAAGAGUGGAAUGAAAUUGUUGCACGUACAAAUGCUGACGAAGACGAACAGGAAUCAUCAAAGGAAGAUCGAGAGGCCGAUGACGAUGAUGAAGACGACCUUCAGGACCAGGAGGACGACGAAGACGAACCCCCACUCGAACGUAUUACAGCAUCGCCGGCCGGAAAACCUUUUGUAGAAAUAGAAGAAGAAAUUAUCGAAAAGCCCGUGAAUACCUUAGCCGAAGAAGAGGAGUAUGAAAGACGCCAGGAACAACUCCGCAGAGAGGAAGAAGAAGCAGCCCAGGGUUCGCAAAUCUGGCUGAAGCUGGCGGUGGGCGGCGCCCUGCUCGUCGCCACGCACGCCGUCUUGCGCCGCGCCACAGCCCCCAGGGAUAUUCCUGAACCCGAAGAGCAUACUAGGGACGAAACGCCUAUAGUUGACCGUCGCAUGACUAUUACACCUGAACAACCUUCUCCAAGAGUGCAAGAAAGCCCGCUAACUCAAAUAGCCCGAGAAAUUGAAGAGGAGGUCUUUAAGAAACCUGCUCCAGUAACUAAAUCUACGCCUAUCGUGAAAUACGACAGUGAAGAAGAACUGGUAGUAAAGAAGGCUUUGGUUGAAGAGAAAGCUCCAGUGGUUCACACUAAAGAUGAAGAAAAAGAGCUAUACAGUGAAGAAGAAGAAGAAGUUGAAGACGAAGAAGAAGAAGAGGAAGAUAUUGAGGAACCCGUAAAAGAGUUCGUUCAAAAGAAAGCACUCCCAGUAGUGGAACAAAAACCCACUGAAGAUUCCGAGUCUGAGGAUGUAGAAAUAAUAGAUGAUGAGCAAAUUGAAGAAGAACUAGAGGACGAAGAAAUCGAAGACGAAGAGGAAAUAUCAGACGUCGAUGACACCGAGCUAUUAACCCGACUAGAAGCUAAAUACGGUCGUCUACCAGAACCAGAGAGAUUUGGACGGAAACCAGACACAAGUAGUUUCGGACCGAAACAUAAAGACGGUGGGAACAGCAUAGAAGAUGACUGGCCGGGUGAGCCCAGUGAAGCCUAUUGGCGGACAGAACUCAACGUCGCCCAGGAAGAACUCCGCCAGGGCGAGUGGAGUGCCUGCGAGCGCCGCGUCAGCGCGCCGGAGCUGGCCGGCAGCGGGCGCGCGCGCUGGCUGGCCGCGCGCGCCGCCGACCUGGCCGCCGAGGCCAAGAGAGACAACAGCCUGCUGUCCCGCGCCAUUGCCGCCUACCUGCAUCUCCUCAAGAUGAACGAGCGCCUCUCGGACAAGAAACUCCUGGAAGUUGCUCAAAGAGCCAUUGAUAGGAUUCAGUUCAGAGGUACUUAUCUUAACGCCGAGCCGAUUUAUAGACUUUUGAUAAGAAGGUUUCCCGACGAUGUCCACUAUCGCAAUAACUUGACGGUUUCGUUUCUAAUGGCGAACAGAGCAGACCUCGCAGACGAAGUUCUGAAAGAAACACUUCGUCUUUGGCCGAAUGACCGUGUAGCGUUGGCUCAUCACGGAUUCGUGUUAAAAACUAAGUACAAUAGACUAGAGGAAGCGGUGAAAGCCUUGUAUAAAGCUCUCGAUGGCGACGCGGGGCCCGCAAACGAGCCUCGCUUCUACUACCACCUAGGAGACGCUCUGUUGCUCCUCGGUCGACCUGAACAAGCUCACGAAGUACACAAGCGAGGCGCGGCGCUCGGCCACUUUUUGUCGCCGGCGCAACGCUCGCUCUACAACGUGCCAAGAUUGAGAAGCCGACCUUGGUGGCCGGUACAGGAAACGCCGUACGUGAAUCUAGCUCGAGCUUUGGAACGCUCGUGGCGAGACAUAUUGAAAGAGGGCGAAGCGGCGAGAGAGCUGUACGAGAAAGAGAAGGAAGGUCUGAAGGAGCGCGGGGAGUGGACGCAACUGGAUUUAUUCGUCCGGGGCGCGGAGAUUCCCGGGCGCUGCGCGCGCGCACCGGUCACGUGUUCGAUCGUGCGGAGCGAGGCGGCGGCGGCGCGCUGCCGGCGCGGGCAGGUGAAGUUCAGCGCGAUGCAGGCGGGCACGCACGUGCGCGCGCACGUCGGCCCCACCAACUGCCGCCUGCGGAUGCACCUGGGCCUCAGCAACACCAAAAAUACUUACAUACGAGUGGAUAAGGAAACUAGGCAGUGGCAGACAGGCAAGACGUUCAUUUUCGACGACAGCUUCGAGCACGAGGUGUGGCACAACGGCAGCGGCGCGCGCCUCGUGCUCAUCGUGGACGUGUGGCACCCCGACCUCAGCGCGCACGAGAGGCGCACGCUGCCCGCUAUCUGAUACCUCGACCCUGUGCUGCGGCCCACUACACUGUGCUCGAAUGUGCGCGGGAGACGAGCGACUAAACGCGGUCAUAAGUGGCGAGCGCUGACCACUCCCACAGCUUGUGGCUCGGACGCGGCCACUCUAAUUCUCAGUUUGCGCAACAUAUGCCGGCCACUAGUUAAAACAGAUAGCGCCAUACCGCUGGCGUAAAGUCUCGUUUAGGCAAAGUCAAAGUACACGCUAUAGAUUUCAAUCUUAGUCUUGGGUGAGCGCUAGUUGAGCGCUAGGCGGGGCAGGGCGUGCAGCGUUCUUGUCAAUUACAUGUUCUUACACGCAGGCAUUCCGAGUGACAAUGGCGUCUGGACUCCCACGCCCGCACGCUGCACGCCUCGCCGCAGAAUGCGCCCCAUGUUCAAGCGUUUGACGCACCUGGACGCAUAAGUUGUCAUCCUGUAAAGUCUAAUUUGUGAUGUCUCUUUAACUUGAAUUCAUUGAAAAAGCGGGUACGUACCUCGAUUAAUAAUUA